AUGCCGAUGUUCGGGACUAUCAAACCAGAAGAUCAACAACGAUACGUUGGGCCGUUUUGGUCAGACCGAACCAAAGAGUGCAGGACGCGAACCUUAGGUGCCCGAAUUCGGCGAAGCAGCUACGCAUGCACCGCACCUAUCGAGGAUUCAGACAACAAGACCCCUGCAACGGCACCAUACAAUGGAGAGCGUCCCGAAGCCGCACCUCUAGUCUUAUGGGAGGGUUGCACGAGCAACGGAACAGCUCAUAAAAUUAUUGUAGACCCGAUGCUGACAGAAUAUCUACGGCAGCAUCAGCGGGAUGGUGUUCAAUUUGUCUUCGAUUGCCUCACGGGAAUAAAGAAACUGAAUCUUCCUCCAUCCUUUGGCAACUCCCAAGAGGUGACGGGAUGUCUCCUCGCGGAUGAUAUGGGAUUGGGCAAGACACUCCAAAGUAUAACGGUACUAUGGACUCUCUUAAACCAAGGAUUCCAGAAAAGGGCCACGGUGCGGAAGGCUAUUGUGGUUUGUCCAGCGUCUUUGGUAAAAAAUUGGGCAUCUGAGCUAGAAAAGUGGUUAAAAGGACGCUGCAAAAGCACUCCUGUGGCUGAAUCUUCACGGGACGCUGUGAUAUCGUUAUACGAAAGCUUUAAAUGGAAUCAAACGUCGAAGGUUCUUAUCACCUCUUAUGAGUGCCUUCGCUUGCAUGUUGGAAGGCUCAAGGAUUGUCCAAUUGAUCUCGUGAUUUGCGAUGAAGCACACAGAUUAAAGAACGAUAAGGCAAAAAUCGCUGCAGCUAUUGGAGAGAUUUCAACAAAGCGCCGACUCCUUCUGUCUGGAACACCAAUCCAAAACGACUUGGAAGAAUUCUACUCUCUUGCCUCACUUUGUAUCCCAUCAGCAUUAACAGAUCCGACAAAAUUCAGAAAAUAUUUUUCGAACCCUAUCAUGAUUGGACGGGAACCUAGCGCAACACCCAGCGAACAGAAAAAGGCCGAGGAGCGAUUGAAUGAAAUGCAGAAGAUUUGCAACGAGUUUAUCUUAAGAAGAACAAAUGAAUUAUUGGCGAAGGUAUUGCCGCCGAAAAUUGUAUUUGCCGUUUUUUGCAAGUUGACCGAAGUUCAAGAAAAACAGUAUCAUGAGAUUCUUUCGUCAACAGCUUGUGUGAAAGUGAUGAAUGCAUCGAAUGGAAAGCAGGCAUUGUCUCAUAUUCAAAAACUGAUGAAACUUUGCAACCAUCCAUCUCUCAUCGCCACAUCAUCAACAAACUCUUGUUCAUCUUCGCCAUCAAGAAGGGGGAGUCGGAGAAUAGCUAACCGGAAGCUUCUUGUCCUUGCAGCAAAAGCAAGCAGUACAGACCGUUUCGUCAUUAUUUCGAACUUUACUCAAACUCUUGAUUUGAUCGAAGACAUGCUACGUCGCCUUGGGUUGGCUUUCUUUCGUUUAGAUGGAGCUACAAGUAUUAAAAAGCGUCAUGCCCUUGUAACGCAAUUCAACGUCCCUAACAGUAACACAUUUGCGUUUCUCCUUUCGAGUAAAGCUGGCGGGUGUGGCAUAAAUCUCAUUGGUGCAAAUCGGCUGGUGAUGUUUGACCCUGAUUGGAACCCAGCGAACGACAAGCAAGCAUUGGCGAGAAUAUGGCGAGAUGGACAAAAAAAACACUGUUAUGUCUACCGACUAUUUUCGACGGGAACCAUUGAGGAGAAAAUUUUUCAGCGGCAACUGUCGAAGGAUUCGUUGAGCUCCAUGGUUGUGACUGAUGGAGAGACAAGCGGACUGAAGGAUUGUAUGGAGAAGGAAGACUUGAGAGAACUCUUCCAGCUAAACGUAAAUACUUUGUGUGAGACCCAUGAUCUCCUACGAUGCAAAAAAGUUGAAUGUGGGGGAACGGAAAAAAGUUGCAAAGAAAUGAACGAAGGAGACCUUCUUUCAUGGGCACACCAUGCAAAAGGUGAAAAUGUAACGGAGCCCAUCAGUAUGCAAGCAAUCCACUCAGCCGAUUCGAAUGCGGAGCAGGUGGUGUCUUUCGUAAUGUCAAUAUGGAUUGAAUAUAAAGAAGAAACAAAGAAGGAAUCGAAUGUGAAAGAGAGGGAUGUUGAAGAAAAGGCAAUCGAAGAUAGCGAUGUUGAAGAAAUGGGAAUCGAAGAUAACGAUGUUGAAAUGGAAGAUGCUUCGCAAGUGUGA